CCCCGUCCGGCCGGCGACGGGGCAUUGCGAGUCCUCGCGUCACCGGUCGCCCUAAAUUCGGCCAUGGAGGCCGGUUCGCUGUGCAGCCUGCUGCUGGGCCUACUCGCCUGUAGCCCCUGUCUUGCCCAGACCCACCUGGAACGAGCCACGGGCGUCUUCCCAUCUGCUGUACAGAAGGUGAACGUGACCGUCCUGUACGAGCCGUACUCCAAGGAAAGUUCGUGGUUCAUCAACAAGAAGCUUGUACCCAUGUACGGCCUUCUGCGCAAGCACCUCGUCAUCGAGAUGGUGCCGUUCGGUGGCACGCACAUAAAGGAACCGCAGGGCACCAACACGACCGUGGCCUUCACCUGCCGCCACGGGCAGCCCGAGUGCCAGGCGAGCAUGAUCCACGCAUGCGCCGUCGCUCUCUACCCGGACGCGGACAAGCACUUGCCGUUCAUAUCGUGCACGCUCAAGGGGUGGAAGCCCGAGUGGAACGUGCAGAAGUGCAGCAUCCAGCACAAAAUGAACAGCAGUGAGAUCGUCGGCUGCGCCUCGUCGGCGCAGGGGAGGUUGCUGCUGCAAAAGAUGGGCUGGCGCACCAUGUCCGUGCGACCGCCUAUCAAUCACGUGCCCAGCGUGGUCAUCGACGGCAGCUUCAGCAAACGCAACCAGAAGGAGCUGCAGGAGCUUAUCAAGCAGAUUGUCUGCAAGCACUUCAAGCAACCUGUACCGGAGCCCUGUCUAGUCAAGAAACGUAGAGGCUGGUUCUGGCGCUGA